AUGGCUCGCCUGGCUCAAUUCCUCCUCGCCUGCGCCCUUGCAGUCAAGGCCCUCGCUGCUCCAGCUGAACAGCUGGAGGAAAGCGGCCCAAACUUCGGUGCUGCCCUCGCCGAGCGCUCGACCGGCAGCUCGACCGGCUGGAACAACGGCUACUACUACUCGUUCUGGACCGACGGUGCCAGCGGAGACGUCGAAUACGCCAACGGCAACGGGGGAUCGUACACGGUCAACUGGCGGUCAGCGUCGAACUUUGUAGGUGGAAAGGGCUGGAAUCCCGGUAGCGCUAGAUCAAUCACCUACUCCGGCACCUGGGCGCCCGUGAACAACGGAAACAGCUACCUGUCCGUCUACGGCUGGACCACAAACCCGCUAGUCGAGUAUUACAUCCUAGAGGACUACGGCGAUUAUAACCCGGCCUCGGCCGGGACCUUUAGGGGCACCGUGUACUCGGACGGCGCGACCUACAACAUCUACACGGCGACCCGCACCAACGCCCCCUCCAUCCAGGGCACGGCCACCUUCAAUCAGUACUGGUCCAUUCGGCAGUCCAAGCGUGUCGGCGGCACCAUCACGACGGCGAACCACUUCAAUGCCUGGGCCAGGCUGGGGCUGAAUCUGGGCACCCAUAACUACCAGAUCGUGGCCACUGAGGGGUACUAUAGCAGUGGGUCGGCGUCUAUUACCGUUGCUUGA